AUGCUUUAUUUGAGUUGGAUAUUUGUUUGGCUUGUCGCAGGAGACAGGAUUAAAGGAUUUAAUAUUUCAGAUUGUUCCACCAAAAAACUCCUUUGGACGUAUUCUGCAGGGAGUGAAGAGGAGUUUGUCUUAUUCUGUGAUUUGCCAGAGCCACAGCAAUCCCAUUUCUAUCGCAGACGUCAACUCUCACCUGAACGCCUGCCCUGUGGUGGUAGCAAGGACCUACCUGAUGUUCAGUGGUACCUACAACCUCGGAAUGGAGAACUAUUAAAGGAAAUUACCAAAAACUAUUCUCACAUCAUUCAGGACAAGAGCAAUCUCCGUUUUUUGACCCCAGUGAAUAGUGCUGGGUCAUAUAUUUGUAGUCCCAGGAUUAGGAGCACCCAGAAUGUGACCUGUUGUGUCAAGACGGUCUUAGAAGUUAAACCCCAGAUGAACGCAUCCUGUGAUAACUCUGUAUCCCAUACGCAAUACCUACUUCUCGGUAGCAUGCACUUCAUUUACUGCCCCAGUCUCAGAUGCCAAAGUGAUGCACAAAGUCCAGAGGUGACCUGGUACCAGAAUGGAAAAUUCCUCUCUAAGAACAGGAGCCGCCGAAUCCUAGUGGGCGAAGUCUAUGACUAUCACCAGGGCACAUACGUGUGUGAUUACACUCAGUCGGAUAAAGUGAGUUCGUGGAUAGUCAGAGCUGUUGUUCAAGUGAAAACCGUUGUGGAUGACACUAAUCUCAAACCAGAUAUUCUGGAUCCCAUCAAGGACACAGUGGAAGUAGAACUUGGAAAGCCUUUAACUCUAAAAUGUAAAGCAAGAUUUGGCUUCCAAAGGGACUUUACACCUGUGAUAAAAUGGUACAUCAAAGAUUCUGACCAGGAGUGGGAAGCCACAACACCUGAGAGAAAAAGGAUUAAGUCCACCUUAAAGGAUGAAAUCAUCGAGCGGGUCCUAGAGUUGACAGAGGUCACUCAGAGUGAUCUUCGCAGGAAGUUCGUCUGCUUUGCCCAGAACUCCAUCGGGAACACGACCCAGUCCGUCCAGCUGAGGCCCGAGAAGGGAGUGCUGUUCGUGUACGUCCUGCUUGGCACCGUCAUGGCCCUGGUGGGCGUGCUGGCGGCGAGUGCCCUCCUGUACAGGCACUGGAUCGAAAUAGUGCUGCUGUACCGAACCUACCAGAACAAGGACGAGACGCUGGGGGAUAAAAAGGAAUUCGAUGCUUUCGUAUCCUAUGCAAAAUGGAGCUCUUUUGAGAAUGAGGCCGCUUCAUCUCUGAGUGAGGAAUACUUGGCCCUGAGUCUGUUCCCUGAAGUUUUGGAAAACAAAUAUGGAUAUACCUUGUGUUUGCUUGAAAGAGAUGUGGCCCCAGGAGGAGUGUAUGCAGAAGACAUUGUGAACAUUAUUAAGAAGAGCAGAAGAGGAAUAUUUAUCUUGAGCCCCAACUAUGUCAACGGACCCAGUGUCUUUGAACUACAAGCAGCAGUGAAUCUUGCCUUGAGUGAUCAAACACCGAAGCUCAUUUUAAUUCAGUUCUCUUCCUUCCAGGAGCCAGAGUCUCUACCUUAUCUUGUGAAAAAAGCUCUCAGAGUUUUGCCCACAGUCACGUGGAGAGGCUUAAAAUCAGUUCCUCCCAAUUCCAGGUUCUGGACCCAAAUGCGCUACCACAUGCCUGUGAAAAACUCUAAAGGAUUCACGUGGAACCAGCUCAGAAUUUUCCCAAUUUUUUUUCACUGA